AUGGCUUCAACACGUUUCAUGGAACGGCCCGUCCGACUAAGGCAUGAAUACGAUGAGGAUGACGCUGAUCUAGAAUCUUCAGAUCAAGAAACCCGCGACGAUGAGCAAUCGCAGAGCAGCGAGUCCAAUCAAAGCCACUCAGACCCGGAAGAAGGACUGUCGUUUAAUGACAUUAGCUUCGGCGCAUUGGCAAAGGCGCAAGAAACGUUCAAUCUGAAGCGACGAAAGCGAAAAUUAGCAGACGUGAUUGAAGAAUCGAAACCAAACAACGGGAAGGAAGAUGAGGAAGAACAUUCGGAUAUCGGGCGAUGGCCCAAGGAGGCUCGAAUUGACACUCCGAAACGAACGUCGAAGCAUGCUCCCACAGUUGAGUCAGCUCGAAAGCCAGUCUCGCGUAAACGCAUCAUCUUCGAACCGUCACCGGCUGUGAAAGCUCGAGAUCCUCGAUUCGAUCCGACGGUCAUGUCAGCGAAUCGAGACAGGAAUGCCUCAGAGAAGGCGAAUAAGAACUACUCUUUCUUAACCACAUAUCAAGCUGCAGAGAUUCUAGACCUCAAAUCGCAGAUCCAAAAGGCCCAAGAUCCGGACGUGGUCGCUAAUUUGAAACGGCAAGUUAUGUCGAUGGAAUCUAAGAUUCGAAAUGCAGAGGCUCGACAACGUGAGAAUGAAAUACGAAAGAAACACAAGGAGCAAGAGAAGGAAUCGCUACGGACGGGGAAAAAGUCACGCCCCUAUUACUUGAAAGACGCCGAAGUCAGGAAAUUGGCGAACGAGGUGAGGCUGCAGGCUAUGGGUACACGGGCGCGUGACAAGGCGGAGAAGAGACGAAGGAAGAGAGAAAAGGGCAAAGAAGCCAAGUUGAUGCCUAGAGUGAGACGAGAAAGAUGA